CUCUCAUUCUCUCGUUUCCUCUCUUCUCGAACCCUGUCACUAUCAACUCCAUUCACUUCAGUCCACGAUCUCUUGAAGCCAUCCCGCCCCUCCUUGAUCCUACAGGGCUACGUCAACUCCGCGCUAUCAUCGGCCUAAUCUGUGAGAGUCGCUAGUAACUCCUUUAGCCGCCCUCACAAGGAGCGUUAGCAUGAAACUUGAGAGCUCGUCGAGCUUGAGUCAGGUCAACCGGCUGCUCCCCAGCGACGCCGGCAUCAGCGCCCUGUGUUACCUUCCUGGUAACGAGUGGUUCUCAAUGAGCGCUGUGGAAGGAAAGAUGUCGAGGCUGUCAACACCCAAGGACACCCUGAGCAGGAGGAGGAAGGAGGCACACGGCGACAACGUGAGGCCCAAGAGCUCGAUGGGCUGUCGAACAGCAGGAGGGCUGCACACUAAAGCAAGCGAGGUGUGGAGAAACACGCGGGGGUCUCAGUUUCAUGCUCCUCUGCGCGACUCCUUGCAGGAGAAUCGGAUGAGAUCGUUCGACUAUCAGGGUCAGGUUGAGUUGCUGCGAAGGCAGAUAGCCGACUUGUCUGCGCGUGAGAAGAAGUUGAAAGAGAAACACGACAAUCUGUACAUCAAGUAUUCCCAAGUCUGUCUGGAGAACCGGAUGCUUACGGAGCAAGUGUUUGAGCUGGAAGAAUUUGUCAAGGACAAGCUGGAGGUGAUCGAGCUGGAGAAGGUGAUAUCAGGCAUGCGAGAUAAGAUUGAGCAGCUCGAGGAGAAUCAGGACCAUUGGGGGAUCAAGGAAUACUAUGAGAUCGAAAGUAGGCUGGCGGAAGGGUUCCGACGUUCUAUGGAGACCGUAUCUUGCCUUGAGAACGCCUUGACCACGCUUGUGGCAAAUCAGAGCUCAAUGGUGAGCUCUUCGCACAAGGAAUCCGAGAUGUUGUGCCAAGUCUUUCAGAAGAUGUCGUCACUCGAACAUGUGCUGAGGGGCAUAACCAUCACGAGCAGCUCAAGACAACUGGAAAGCCGAAGAGAGCUUGACGCCUUGUCGGAGUCGAACAAACACCUGCAAGAGAUUGUCAAGGAGUAUCGAAGAGCCGAUGAAAGUUUCGGUGAUGAGAUCACGAAGAUAGCGAACUUAGACAAGUCCCUCCAGCAUCUCCUAUCUGAGAUUCCAAUCUGCUUCGCGCAACGAGUAGACGACAAUGUCAAGAACGAGCGCAAGGCGUUAAGAUCUUCGCUGCAGGAGCUGCAGGAGCUGCUGGUCAAGGAGCGGGAGGAGAAGGAGGAACUUCAAAGGGCCAAUCGUGCGCAGCGGGAGAGGUACUGUGAGAAGGAAGGAAUGCUGAAAGAGAUGGAGACUGCAAUCAAGCGCCUUGAGUUGGACUUGUCCCUGAAAGAUCAGUUCUGCAAGAAGCUGGAGCAGGACUAUCAGCAGGUGCAGAGCAAGGCUGAGAGCAAGAGUCGGGACCAGGAGGAGCUGGAAAAGAAGUGCGGAGAGUACCAGGAGAGGAUCGAGGAUAUGGAGGAAACGAUCCAGGUCCUGUCCUCCAAGAAGUCCAAGGUAGCUGUGGUGACCCCCAAGAUCUUUAUCUCCCUGCCCGACAGUCAGCCGCAAGACCAGGGCUCCAUCGCCCUGCCCAACAGCGUGCUGAAGAAGCUCGUGGCAGCGGAGCUGGGGUACACGCCGGAGGAGCUGUUUCCGGUGUCCGGCGUCUCGGACUUGAAGAAAGUGCAUGAGUUGACAAACAUUGCGUAAAGAAACCCUGCCCUCCCUCAGUGCAAGACGGAGCAGAGGAUGUGUACAAGAACCACUUGUAGAUAAGGACAAGUGGGAAGAAGAUGUGAUUUGAGAGGUUGGGUUUGCCUGUUGUUGGUAUACAGCAUAUUAAGUGUGUAAACCAAGUUAUUGCGCCUUCUCCUUCUCCUUGCUGUGUGCUCUUGUGCGCAAAAGGCUAGCAGGACUUUCACACAAACUCGUCGAAAUCCACAUCGCCCUGGGGGAUGUUCUCAUAUCUCCGAGCACAAGGAGCCAUAGCAGACAGAGGCCUCCUACUCCCGUGCGCCUUCCGAUAC